GGUAGUUGUAGGAAGGAAAUACCGGAUAGAAGAAUAGUAAAACGGUACGGGAGAGUAGUUAAUGGCUUGGAGAGAAAGCUCAUCUCAUGGUGUAUAAGAAGAGGUCAAGCAGCUACCAAAGGGGGUAAGACACAACUCUAUUCACUUAAUCUCUCUGCUAAAUCCUCUUCCUAAAUCUAAUUUAGAGAAAAAGGUUCUCCCACGUUAUAUAUAAGAGGUCAAGCAGCUAGCAAGGCUGGCAUUGGAGGGGCCAUAUCCGUCACACCUCCAGUGUCUUGAGUAAGGGCUUUUUUGCAGGUGCUCUGGAUUGAAGUUGGAUUUCGAGAAGGCAGAAAGAUAGUGCCCCAAAUUAGUGUCAACACGCUUCUUUAUUUGUUUCUUUCUACGUACUUUACUCUGAUCCCUUGUUGGGUUCCGAUGUUUCAUACAUAUUUAACUAGGCUCAAAAUGAACAAAUUAAAUAUCAUAAUUCAUCCCCUACAAAGAGACCUAGGGGUGGAGAGAUUGGAGAUGGGAAGCUCUCCAGGACUAUUCACAGAGCCAUACCAAGCAGCCUUAGAAGGAGAUUGGGAAAGAAUGAAGAGGUUCUAUGAAGAAAACAGAGAAGCAGUGUCUCACCCUCUCACAGUCACUAAUGAUACCGCAUUUCAUAUAGCUGUUUACAGUGGAACUAAGAGCCCGCUUGAAGAAUUGAUUCAGAUUGUGCCAAACCCGCCAAUUGCUAAAGCCGAUGAUAAGAAAAACACACCUCUUCAUGAGGCUGGCGCUAUUGGAAAUAUUGAAACAGCUCAAGUGUUGAUGCGCUGCUCUCCAGAGCAGCUUGAGGCUAGAAAUGCUUUAGGAGAAACUCCAAUGUUUAGAGCUGCUGCAUUUGGUAUGACAGAAAUGGUCAAGUAUUUGGCUUUCGAAGUCCGAAGCCGCCAAUGCGAUAUGGAGAUCCAGCGCAUCAGAGAUGACGAGACCUCCAUUCUUCAUAGUGCCAUCCACGGCCAACACUUCGAGACAGCAUUGUGGUUAUUUAGAAAUGAUGAAGGACUAGGAGAUCUUAUGGAUAAUAAAGGCAUGACAUGUCUUCAGCUAUUGGCAUACAUGCCAUCGGUUUUCAAGAGUGGAUACCCCAUGGGCAAAUUUGCAUCAUUUAUCUAUUUUUGUCUUCAAAGCAAUGAACACGAUGAUGACAAAUGUGAAUGUGAUGAUUUGGAGAGUGGAUGGGGUAGAAAUCACCUCCGUCAAUCUUGCUCUUGCUUUUUAAGGAUCAAUAGAGGAUGGCCAAUGAUAGGCAACAUUCAAAAUGAGAAAAAGAAGCACGAAUCAUCUUGGAAACUUGCAAAGCUGCUCAUAAAGAAAGACGAAUCAUGGAAGAAAACCGAUAUAAAACCAGAUAAAAGAACCAUUUCUUUGGGAGUAACAAAAGAAAAUGGAUCGAAGAAAGCAGUUGUAUCGGGAAAGAAAGAAGAUAAAGAGGAAAAAGAUGAUAAUAAUAAUCCUCCACCAUUAAUUCCUACAAGUUCAACACCAUUGCUUAUAGCAACUAGCACAGGUAUAGUUGAGAUCGUCAAUAGGAUACUAGAAGAGUAUCCUCAGGCAGUAGAGCAUGUUAGUGACCAAGGACUCAGCAUUAUGCAUGUCGCGAUUAGGUACCGUCAAAGAGAUAUUUUUAAAUGUGUUAAGAAGAUGAAGAUUCCGAUGACAAGGCUGGUUCGUAGAAUUGACAACAAUGGCUAUACCUUAUUGCACCAUGUUUCUGAUAUGACCCAUCGUUCUGCUGGAACUUUGCCUAACCCUGCUCUUCAAUUGCAAGAUGAAUUGAAAUGGUUUGAGCGCGUACAGAAAUUAAUUCCAUCCCAUUACGCGAUGAACCACAGCAGAGGUGGUCAAACUGCCCAAGAGUUUUUUGAAAAGUCUCAUGCAGAGCUUCUCAAAGAGGCACAAAACUGGCUAAAGCGGACAUCAGAAUCCUGCUCAGUAAUCGCAGUGCUCAUCGCCACCGUAGCCUUCACGGCGGCGUAUACCGUUCCGGGAGGUUCCGAUCAGUCCACGGGCCUUCCGAUAUUGCGUCACGACCCUUUCUUUGUGGUUUUCACGGUCAUGGACGUUCUGUCCCUCGUCAGCUCUCUCACAUCGGUGGUGAUGUUCAUCUCCAUCCUCACCUCUUCCUUCAGGCUUCAAGAUUUCCGCAAGUCUCUCCCCCGAAAGCUUACGGUGGCCUUCACCUUCCUGUUCCUUGCAGUGGCGGUGACCAUGCUGGCUUUCUCGGCCACUGUAAUUCUGAUAGUUCAUAUGAAGAAGCGGUGGACCACCACUAUUGUCUAUGGCGUGGCUUUUGUUCCGGUGACCGUGUUUGCACUCUUGCAAUUCCCUCUCUACGUAGCGUUUAUGGGCACCGUGAAGUACUCUCUAAGCAUCAUCAAGAAGGCUCUUCCUUGGAAUUUUCUGAGGCCGUUGUUUUGCAAGAGUCAGUACUGAAGGUUUUUUUUUUUUUUUUUUUUUUUUUUUGGGUAAACAUGAAUCAGUAGUGAAGUCUGUUUAACAAUAUGUGUACAGAUAUAGCUAUAGCACUGAAGCUGAACUGCCUUUAUUAACAAACUGGUUGGUUUGAAUUUAGGUUAAAUUUUAAUUAUUCGAGUAGUAUUAAUUAUGUGUUAAUCACAUAGUUUCAAUUCAUUUAUUUUCUUUUU